AUGUGCACAUAUUUAUUCCAAAAAGAGAUCUGUUUAGACAUUGGCGUGGAAAACCUUGCCCGGGACAUAGCACACCCAACCAGCGCACUGCUUGAUUCAGGCGCUAACAGAAUCUUCAUAGACCAGGUCUGGGCGGAGAAAAUCAGACUCCCCCUUGUAAAAUUAGAUGCGUCCAUUCCCGUCUAUAACACUGACAGUACACUUAAUGCGGGUGGCUCUACCCAACUAGGGAAGAUUAAUUUAAUCUUGGGCUGGACCUGGCUAUUUAAACACAAUCCUGAGAUUGACUGGCAGACAGGGGUUGUCACAUUGUCACGUUGCCCUCAGGAGUGUGAUGACUUAGGUAAACCAAGUCAUAUCUGA